CGAUUCAGCAGAAGCUCUUACUACUACGGUGCAUCUCCGAACUUCUGCACUGCACACGCACUGCAAUCAGCAGACUCUAGGAUGUAACCAUUUCCAUGUUUUUAUUCUGCUUCUGCUCUCCUUUGCGUAUUUUUGUAUCAUGUUUUUUUAAAGCCAUUUGUUGUUUUGCAAGGAAUAACUUACCAAAAACAUGACCGGGACAUACUUUUUUGGCCGUCAGAGCCAAAACUGUGCUGAAUGCAAGACCUAAGCGAAACUCUUAACGGGAUUAUAACAUCUGGGCGGCGUUCGGAUAGGUUCUCACGGAUUCCCGCUCUGGAUUUCGGAUUUACCGUUUUUUAUCGGGAUGGAAGGCCGGGAUUUCGCUCCUCCGCCGCACCUUCUGGCAGAGCGAGGCGCGCUGGUUCACAGAGCCGCCUCGAGGAUCACCUCUGCCGGGCACACAACAGUGCAGCAUCCCGGUCACUUUCAGCCUGGAAAAUAUUACCCUUCACACAUACCGAUGCCUCCACAUUCAGGCAGUGGACUGAUAGGAAACUCGUCUGCCUCAUUCAUGGGGACGUUUCUGGCAAGCAGUCUGGGAUCUCCUCCGUCCCACCCCAGCGGACCCCCAUCAUCCCCUUCUUCUCCACCCUAUCGCUCUGGACCUCACUCUACAGCCCCCUCACAGAUUUGGUUCCCCCACUCACAUGAAGCCCCAGGGUAUCCCCGCUUUUCAGGGAGUCUAGCCCCCACCUUCCUGCCCAUGAGCCCCCUGGAUCACCAUGGCAACAGCAGUGUACUUUAUGGGCAGCACCGUUUCUAUGACACUCAGAAAGAUUUCUAUCUACGAAGCCUCCCAUCGCAGCCCCACCUUCUGUCCACAAAUCACAGCCUCCCACCGCUUUCUAGAACUGCUCCUGCCCACCCGCUGGACUCCUGCAGUCGUGAGAGGGAACCUGGAAGCACAGUUUCCCAGAAGAGUUCCAAAGAGACAGGUGUAGCGGAGCGAAGAGUAGGACCUGGAGGAAAAGAAAAAGAAAAGAACAGACAAGAAUCUAAACAGGAUCGUCAUCAUGGUCCUUCCACCCUUCAUCACCACCACCACCAGCACCAUCCACAGCAUCAUCCCCAGGGCCUAGAAGAUGACUUUCGGCACAAAGAUGACCCCAAGCACCUUAGCUCCUGCCUGCUUAGCACUAAGACGCAGAAUGGCUCUGAUCCAGGGGCGGCCACAAGGGGCUCUUUGCCCAGUUGUGUGGGUCCAGGGGCCUCCAGUCUGGGGACUAGCCGGCAGAUAAGUGGAGACAGUCACUGUUGCAAGGAAGGGGUCAGUGGAGAAAUGCGAAUUAGCGAGCCACCCUCAGAUUGCCUUCGUCACAGUGCCAUGCUGGGCCAUGCCCACCCAAUGCCCUACUCCAUGCCCCCACCUCUGGGCCUUGGCUCUGCAGUGGGAGGAUCCUGGCUGCAUCCGAAUCAUCCACACCAUCAUCAUCCUCAUCAUCCCCAUGCAGAGCUCUUUUGUCCGCCACCGCCUGCUCCACUGACCAUGCCCACUGCUCAGGAAAAGAGCCUUGGCAGGGACUCUGAGGUUACAGGGCCUACCUUUGUGCCCUCUGUGGGGCCACUGGGAGAUAAAAUCAGUGGACCGUUCCAGCUGGGGAACCAUCACUGUCGAGGUGUGGGAGGUGGUAUGGUUGCAGUUGGUGGCUGUGCAGGGAAAGAAACGAAAACUCCUGAGAGGAGUAGCAGUGGAAGUCGAGCAGCUAACCUACUGCCUCAGAGUAGCUGCCAAAGAAAAUCUUCCCAGCAGCAACAGGCAUAUGGUAAAGCAGACAAGAGUCCAGACUGGCCCCCGGGCCCCCAUUCACGCACAAACGAGGUUCAGCACAGUCAGAAUCAGCAUCCCCACACGGCACGUUCAUGUAGCUUGGACAGCAGUGAGGAAUCUGAUGCCUUUCGUCCCUCUCUGCCACAGGGGACGAAGGGUGGCCACCAAGCUAAGAGUAGCAUUUAUGCCAGCACUCCACCUUUCCGGGACUGUUCUCACUCAGGUCCGUCAAACAGGGCAUCGUCCGAGGGUAAAGGUGCCACGGAGGUUGAGUGUACUCAGAAAAGCAGCCAGAGAGUUGCACGAAUACGUCAUCAGCAGCACAGGGCUAGCACUGGUGGACAGGGUCCAGAGAUAGAGCCUAACAAUACAACACAAGACAAGAGGAAAAUGGACAUGGAGUCAGCAUCACAAGGAUACGGCGGGAAUCGGACUGGCACUCAUCCCUCCUGGGAGGUGCGAGGAUCCCAGCCUCAGCCAAUUGAAGAACCACACAAGGUUUACAACUCUCUGGGUGCUGCUUCCCAGACUUCACGUGUGGACCAAGGGCCUCUUCCCCCUCUAACAGCCCCACAGGAGGCCACACUGGGCCCUCAGGGACCUGAAAGCAAUGCUAUGAGGAAUCUGAUGAAGUACAGUAGCCAGCAACCACUGCUGUUCACUCAGAAGAGCCCAUUUGGUGGUCUGGGCUGCCUCAAGCAGGGAGCAGUAACUGGGGAGAGAAGUGAGAGGAAUGAAAGAAGCGACAAAAGUGGAAAUGGUUCGAGCUGUGCUCUCCAGGAGGGAAAGCAGACCCUGCCCCCCAGGAGAGCCUCGUCAUCUGCGGAGAACGAGCGCUCAGAGCGGGUGGGCAAGGACUCAGGGGAAGCUCAGGGGGAGGGAGAGGUGCGACAGCCCCCUGUAGGGAUAGCAGUGGCCGUUGCCAGGCAGAGAGAGCCCCCGUGCCGCCUGCCAGACGGGCAUCCCACCCACAGCCACCAUAGCAGAGUGAUGCCCAGCAUGAAGGGUGUUGGACACCCAAUGUAUCCGCUGGAGCGGGAGAUGGAGGAAGAGAGGAAAAGAGUUUGUGAGGAACAGCUUGGACUGUCUCCAUUUGACAGAGAGAGAGAACUCCUCCUCAGAGAAAACAAAGACAGAGUUGAGUUUGCCAGAAUCCACCCCUCCAGUAGUUGCCAUGGAGAUUUGACCUCACACCUUAUUGUGCCAGGCGGUGGCCAAUUAGGCACUGAGCCAUCUGCUCACGCCCACCCCACCCAUCAUCACUGGAUGCCUCGGACAGGAAGUCCCUCCCUUUGGAUGGGACACUCUUAUGGUCUCAGUCAUGCAGCAUUGCACCAGAACUUGACCCCAGGCUUCUCUACAACCAUGCCAAGCCCCUUGCAACCAGUCUUGCCCCUGCCUCAGGACCCUUCCGCCGCCCUGGUGGUAUUGCCAACAGAGCCAGUGGCCCAUCCUGCCACCCAUCAUCUUGAUGUAAUGGAGCAGCAGGGACUGUGGCCCCCUGUUUAUGGAGCCCGAGGGCCCACCUCACACAUGCAGCAUCCCGCUGUCUAUUCCCGCUCCCAGUUUCUACGGCAACAGGAACUCUAUGCGCUGCAGCAACAUCAGCACCAGCAGCACCGUGCAGCCCAGGCUAUGGAGUUGGCACACAGACACAGUCACUCACAGAGGAAACCUGAAGAUCCCCCGAUCGAUCUGGUUGAGGGACCAUCUGAACCCCGCACACCCAAACACACCAAGCCUUUCUCUGUUGGACCUUCCCCUAAACCUCCCCCCUCCUCCUCAUCCCCUGGGGGCUGUGCUUCUCGUCUUUCACCCUGCUGUCGCUCACCCGCCCCACGGUCCCACCUCAAGAGUACACCCUGCACACCCUGCCCUGAACCCAGCCCAGCCGUGGCUGCCCCUCGCUCCCCAGCGCUCAGCCCCCAUUCCACCCCCCACCACCUGCCAAAACCUGCUGAGUCCCAGGACAAGAGAGGCGAGGGCCAGCCACCACAGGACUACCCUCAAUCACUGGAGCCUGAUCUCCCUCCUGGCUACACUUACCCUGCCAUUGCCAUGGGUUACAAAGGUGGACCCUCUCCUCAAGAAGUCCAAUUGGCUGAGCAUGCAGACUUGGAGGCGGAGCAAGCAGAACCUGCUGAACCUGCACCCCGGCCACACCCCCUUUCUCCCAAAGGGGAGGAGCCUUUGUGCCACACUGGAGUCGGCUCUCCCAUUAGAAUAUCCAAGGAAAUAGAGGAUGUAGAGGAGGAGGGUGAAGUGAUAGAAGAUGGAAAGGUGGAUGAGGGGCAGGUGGAUGCCACUCUUUCACAAACUUCACUUUGCCCCACCACUGACUCCUCUGUUGCAGACCCCUUUUCAGACAAAGCAACCACGAUACCCAACAGCCAGACAUGUGGAAUAGUUAGCCCAGCGCCAGCUGAAGACAACAAUGAGCGGGAUAAGGACCUACAAGUCCCCAUGAUAGUUCCCUUGACCACCACACAGAAUUCACAGUCUGCGGAACCUACCAAACAUGACCUAGACAGGACUGCUGAGGAUGUGUGCACACCUCCCACUGACUCAUCCACUCCACCGUUCUCCCCCUGCCCUGUGCCCUCUGAUCUGGGGAAUCAGUAUCCUGGGAGCUGCAUAUGGAGUUUGGAGCUGCUCAUCGCAGCAGCACUAUGUGCUACACGAGAUGCACGUAUGGCAACCCCUGUACCAGUGUCGGGGAACGCAGUGGCACCUAAUUAUGGCAUAGAAUUACUGAGUGAACUGGCAGAGUUGGAACAAUCCCAACAGCAGAGGAACAACACAGGAGAGAACGAUGAAGACAUGUUGACCUUUGAUCUCCAAAGUUUGGCAACCCUAGCUGCCGCCCGGGCUUUAGAGCUGGCUCCGCCUAUACCAGCAGACUCAACCCCGCCUCUUCGCAGAAUACUCAAUCUGCGCAAGAAGUGCAAGUGGACGCCUCGCUCUGAACCGGUGUGUCCUGUUAAGGCUACCAUGGAAACGCUGGACCGGGAGGAGCUAGCGAUGCGUGUGCGGCUGGCAGAACUGCAGCGGCGCUACAAGGAAAAACAGAGGGAGCUGGCCAAGCUACAGAGAAAACAUGACCACCAGAAAGAAGAGACCGCACGCAGUCCGGCUCGUCGAGGACCUGGAAGGCCACGCAAGCGCAAGUCCACAUCGGCACCCCCUAUACCCACUGAUGCCCCUAAAAAAGUCAAGUCGGCUGGAGCGGGGGCGGGGCCAGGCUUGAUGACAGCCGAGGACUUGGCUGGAGGCGGAGACAGGAAGAGGAAGAAGAAGAGGAUGACCGCUGGCCCUUACCACCAUCUCACGAGCACACAGAUGAAGGCUCACUGUAGGCCGAGAGGAAGGCCGAGACUCCUAAGCACGAAGUUUAAGCAGAAAGCUUGUUCACAGCUGAAGCAGAAAGCCAAAGCCAAGCGUGGAUCCAGAUUGGUGAACUUGCUGUGUCACAGAGAGAACAAAACACAGAGCACUGUUACCGAACAUCAGUCUGCAAAAGAAGAACACGUACAUAAUAACAAAACCGGAGAGCACAGUGACACAGCAGGCAGUGGGACAGCAGUCCAGCAGGAUUCAGAUGGGAAGCGGAGCGUGAUGAAAAGAGGCGCGAGGUCAAAGGUCAUCCUGAGCUCUUCACCCCUACCAACCCGAACUCAGCAGCUGCUAUGCAAUACAGCUAUGACCGAUAGCAAGCUUGAAGCUACAGAGAAGGGCAUCAGCGACACAGAGGAGGAAGAUGACGGCAUCUACGACAGCGAGGAAGGGGCAGAGGGCAUCAAGAAUCUAUCAUCUAAAGAGCAGCUGUCUGGAGCCGGCCGUCCUUCACAGUGCUCCAUCGUGAAGCUUGAGGCUAAUCAGAAAGCCAAGAACAAAACUGAAAGACAAGGAUUCGGGUCUAUGAAUGUGUCCGUCACUAAAGAAGAGGUGAAGAGAAGGAAGGCCCCCUGUAGGCCAGCCCUAGUCAGUGCUGACCAUAACCACUCAGAACUAGAUGAGGACAGGAGAUUGACUGGCCCCAAGUGGAGAGAGGGGUCAAGGGAGAACACCUUUGACCACACUAGGGUUCUCAAAACCUCACCUACUUCACGAGAAAGAACCACCAGGAAGAGUGCAGUGCUUCUCGGCAAGAGGAAAAGCUGUUGGUUGCAAGCGCUGUCGUCGCAAUAUGAUGACAUCACUUGGAGCAGACGAAUCAGAAACAAGCAGCAGGCAAAGGGACGAGCAGUCAGUCGUUUGCUGGAGAGCUUUGCUGCCGAUGAAGGUUUCCAGAUAGAUGAUGACAGCAGCUUCUCAGAGGGAGAGGAAGAGGAGGAGGAGGAAGAGGAGGAACCAGAGCCGAUGGGCAGUUCAUUGCCAGCCCUGCCCAACUGCAUUCUCACCAAAGAAAUCCUGAGGGAUGGCCUGAAAGUAUUAAUCUCGAAAGAGGACGAGUUACUGUACGCUGCCUACGUACAUACAUUGGACCUACCUGAUAUCUACAGUGUUGUUGUUGAGGGUGAACGUGGAAACAGGCCGAGGAUCUACUCUCUGGAGCAGCUGCUUCAGGAAGCGGUUUUAGAUGUGCAGCCAGAGACAGUGGAAACUCUGAUGGCUGGAACAAGAGUAUGUGCUUACUGGAGCGAACGCUCACGCUGUCUGUAUCCUGGAUAUGUCCGUAGAGGAGGUCCAGGUGAGGAACAGAAGGAGGGGAGUGUCAUGGUGGAGUUUGACGAUGGAGACCGGGGAUGGAUUUCCCUUUCAAGUAUAAGGCUGCUUCCGCCAGGCUACCAAGUCCACUGUGCAGAGCCAUCACCAGCCCACCUGAUCUCACCUAGCUGCCGCAGGAGGAAGACCUCCACUCAGGAGAAGAUAACCCAGCAGGCUGAUGCAUCCAACGAACGUUCCUCUAACACAGAGCCCAGAAAGAGUGCCGUUAAAGCCAAGCCAGGAAGGCCAAAAUCCGUCAAUGCAUCAUCAAAGAGCGGUGCAUCUGAGAAUGUGACCGAAACUGCUUCCCCUCUUCUUGGCUGGCCAGUUGCCACCAUGUCCAGGAGGAAACCCUCCAUGGAUUUGUUCCAGUUUAAUGGGUUAACAAAGAAAGCUCUAAGGGGAAAGGAGUCGGACAUGUUCCCCCUACUUAGCUCCACUAUGACCACUCCAGCCAAAGGCAUCUUCAGCACUUCCUUUGAGGUAGACUCUUUCAGCAGCAUUGCAAAUGGUUGCACUUCCUUUGGAAAUCAGCAGUUGGCACCGGGCCUGCCUCAUAGUCACAAGGGUGUCCCUGGGUCACGGUGUAGAAAGAUAGGAGACAGGAAGGAAUUUCUGGUCAAACUGGACCAUGAAGGGGUAACAUCCCCUAAGACUAAAAAUGGAAAAGCAUUGUUGCUUCUUGGGAACUCAGAGCUACAAAGAAGUGGACGAAUGGAAAAGGGCUUUGGACCCAAGGGUAUUGGAGAACUGACUUCAACAAUGGGCUAUUCCCAGUCUGUUCUUCUGGUCAAAGAUGCCAAAAGGAACAGUUGCCAUCUUCUCAAAGGUUCCUCUGACAUGCGUAAGCACCCUCAGGGUCUCGGGCUUAGUGAAUAUACAGAUUAUGGGCCAAAUUGCCACAGCGACUGCCUAAGCUCUUAUUCAGACAUGGAUGAAGAUGAAGAUGAGGAGGAAGAUGCCAGAAGGGCAGCAAUGCGCACCACUGGACGUUUUUUGUCUCGUCUUUCUGUUUCUUCGUCAUCCUCAGGAUCCUCCAGCGCAUCUAGCUCAGGCUCAUUGUCCAGUUCUAGUGUCUGCUCGUCUGACAAUGAUUCGUCCUACAGUUCAGAUGAAGAAGAGGCAUCCCGGCUUCUGCUCCAGGGUUGCCUUUCUUCUCAUCACACGUUGCUCCAACAACAGCAGCAUUCAGACCCUCCCACCGCCCCACCACGACACACUUUUGGAGCCAAAACUAUGAGUAUUUCUAAUUCAAAGGCUGCAGUAAAUAGUAGUACAGGAAAACCUCCAAAGAGAAAGGAGAUUGCCAACUCUUCUUCUGUAGUACAGUCCAAAUCUUCCAAAGACUUCCCUAAAAAGCAGAAGAUACAAUCUUCAGAAGGUCCCCCCAACUCAUCUGCAUUCAUGCCAGGACGGCAGCUGUGGAGGUGGUCUGGGAACCCUACUCAGAGACGGGGUUUGAAAGGAAAAGCCAGAAAGCUCUUCUACAAGGCAAUUGUUCGUGGUAAAGACACAGUUCGAGUUGGUGACUGUGCAGUCUUCCUCUCGGCUGGUCGACCCCAUCUGCCCUUCAUUGGGCGCAUUGAGAGUCUUUGGGAAUCAUGGUCUAGCAACAUGGUCGUCAAAGUAAAGUGGUUCUACCACCCUGAGGAGACUAAGCUUGGGAAAAGGCACCGGGAUGGGAAGCAUGCCCUUUACCAAAGUUCCCAUGAGGACGAAAAUGACGUCCAAACCAUCUCCCAUAAGUGUCAGGUAGUCAGCCGAGCUGAAUAUGAGCGCCUGAGUCGAAUUAGAAAACCAAACAGCAAUGGUCAAGAUCUAUACUACCUGGCAGGUACUUAUGACCCCACCAGUGGUCAGCUGGUGACGGCCGAAGGAGAGUCAAUUAUCUGCUAACAUUUGGAAAUGGAUGAUGCACUACUGAAAAUGGUAAAUAAAAGAAAAGGCUAACAAUCAGGCCUGUCUUGCGCAAAACACAAGAGCUAGUGGAAGGUGAAGUUAAACAGUUUCUGCAGCCACUUCCAUCGUUACUCUUGGAGUAACAGUACAUUAUUGAAUGGAUUGUGGGGAGGCCAACUCAUGGUGACUCAUGAUCACUUUAUGAAGGCUCCACAGACAUGGAAUGAUUUUUUUUUCAAUUACCGAAAAAGGCACUGGACUUGUUCAGAGUAGGGUAUUUUGACUGACGAUCUGAGAACUGACUUGGAUCAGAGAAGAAAAUCACUGACUGCAUUUUUUUGCGGAAAGUUCUUUUGGAAAGAUAUUCGCUGGUUAAACACACCAGGACUUUUAGAUAUCCCAGCAGGACCAAAUACACUGUUACUUUCAGCUGUGGUAUGAUCUGUUCAUUUGUGCAUUUGCGUGAGAGGAGACGCGAAUGAGGGGGUCUUUCUUUUUUUGCUGUAUGCAAAUAUGUGAACAAACAUGCGUGUAUGUAGAGAUCAGCCACAAACAAACAAACAAACAGGAAUGGGCGGUAACCUGGAGACUAGAGGCUAAACUGAAUAAUGCUCUCAUAUGUACAGUCUAAUGACCUCUUUUGACAAUACCAGGGAUUUUUUAUUGUUUGUUUUUUUGG